UUUGCUUCAACUCAUUUAAAAUGUAAAAUAUGUAAUACAUAUUUAAGUGAAGAUGUAACUGAAGUUAAGUGUUGCAAUACAGAGUUACACCAGAAAUGUUUAAAUUGUCGUUUAACUUUUUCGAUUAUGUGUCCUGAAUGUAAAGGAGAUUUAAUAUCGGAAUCACUCGUUUGCUCUAUAUGUAAACGAAUAAAAAAAGUCAAUGGAGACAGUUGUGUACUUUUGAAAUGUUGUAAUAUCUAUGCAUGUAAGGAUUGUAUCAGCUUUAAAAUGAAAGCCAGAUGUUUGUGUGGAAAAGACUUAGUGGAAGCAAAUGUCGUUUGCAUGAAUUGUAAAUACAUAAGACAAGGUGAUAAUGGGAAUUUGUUAAGAAUGAAAUGUUGUAAAAAAAAAUUGUGUGAAUUUUGUCUCAUUAAUGACAGGAAAACUAGUUCUUGUUCUUGCGGAGAAGACUUAAUGAAAGGUAUUCCUUUUGAAAACGUCCGAAAAUGUUCGGAAUGUAAAACAAAUGCUGGAAUGUAUUGUAUUUCCUAUGGUAGUCCGCAAAUAUUAUGUGAAGAUUGCUUUACAGCCAUAAAAGUUAAUUAUCAUGGCAGAUAUCGCUAUUGCAAAAAACGGGAACCGAAAAAUGCAUCAAAUUGCUAAUCAAACAUAACACAAUAAAAAAUAACUCACUGUUUGAAAUGUUCUAGAUAUUUUGAUUUAUUAAAUAUUUAUAUUACCUAUAAUUUUGUUAAUUAAAUAUUAUAAUUAUUCAAUUUUAUGUUAGCUCAAAAGUAAUUAUUAAUUUUUAUAAAGUGCAAUUAUAAAAUUAAAUUACUGAACUUGAAUAAAACAAAACACU